GAGGGGGGAGGAGGAAGGGUACAGCUCGCGGGACUGAGCGGCUCGCGGGACGGGCGGUUCGCGGGAACGAGGCGGCCCGUCUCGCCUUGCGGAAGGGGCGCGGUUUUGCUGGUCGUCGCCGCGAUUCGGUCCUUCAGCGCCUCAGUUUCACACCGCGGUUUAUCGGAGGGAAAUAUAUGAAGGUAGAGACGAAUUCGGGGACGUUGCGGUAAUGCUGAGCGGCGGCGGCGGCGGCAGCGGCGGAGGCGGAGGAGGAGCGGGAGGAGGAGGAGGAGCGGGAGGAGGCAGCGGAGGGGGAAGGUCCCCGAAACCGUCCUUCGUGUCCUAUGUAACUCCUGAGGAAAUAAAUUUAACUGAGAAAGAAAUUUCAAGAAAAGAGAAACAGCCAGACUUGUUGCAAGGGGAAGUAAUAUUCUGCAGUGCCAGUCCCAUUCGCAAGUGCACCCAGGAUGACUUCUCCCAGCGUGGCAUCUUUGGCUCUCUCUUCUGCACCAACUUCCGCAUCUCCUUCAUCAGCGAUGAGACACAGCUUGAGGAAGAGGAAGGCCAGGUCUUCAAGAAUAAAUUGUAUGGAGAAAAUGACAUCCCUUUGACAUGUGUAGAUAACAUUUAUAGAGGAUUCGAUGAGAAGAAGAAACUGAUAACAAGUGGUUCAGUGAGGAACAAGUACCCAUCCAAGAUUAUCAUUCAUUGUAAAGACCUUAGAGUGUUUCAGUUCUCCCUGGCAUUUGCUAAGGAAGAGGACGCAAAAAAGAUCUUCCAGGGCAUUGUCCACCAUUGCCUUGAGCCCAAGUCUCUGAAAUGCAUCUUCGCCUUCUCAUACAGUGAAAAGAUGACUUUCAGUUCAGAGAAUCAAACAAAACUGAAGACCGUGAUGUUUGACAGCAUGGUGGACUGGGCCCAGGAAAUGAAACGUACAAAAGGGAACUGUAAAUUGGUUUCAGCCAAUGCAGAUUUCAAUAUCUCUACAAAGCUGCCACAGUUUUUCAUUGUCCCUUUAGCUGUUUCAGAGGAAGAUUUUACACAAUUCCAGGGGAAAGGAAUACCGAUUUGGUGCUGGUCUCAUCACAGUGGCUGCGCUUUGUUUAAAACAGCAUCUUUACCACUGAUGCAAGAAGAUGGUUGUUCCCAAUCAUACAGGACCUAUAUGGAAAGUAGAAUGCUGAACGCUGUGGCCCAAAAUCAUCUGUACUCAGUGAAAACGGAGGAGCUCCCUGAAACACUUCCAACCAUCCAGGACAUCCAACAGUCCUACAACAAGUUCAAACAGUUCUUCCUUGUUGAUAAUACUACUGAAUUCUGGAUGUCUGAUGUGAAGUGGUUCUCUUCACUGGAAAAUUCAGGAUGGUUAGACAUCAUCAGACAAUGUCUUACUAAAGCUGUGGAGGUUGUUGAAUGCUUGGAAAACGAAAAUACAAAUGUUCUUAUAAUGGAGGAGGAAGGCUCCGAUCUGUGCUGUGUCAUCUCCAGCCUGGUCCAGGUGAUGCUUGACCCACACUUCAGAACACUGGAGGGCUUCCAGAGUCUGGUGCAGAAGGAGUGGGUUGCUGGUGGGCACCAUUUCCUGGACCGCUGCAACUACUUGCACAAAGACAAGGAGCUGCAGUCUCCGGUAUUCCUGCUCUUCCUGGAGUGCGUGUGGCAACUGCUCCAGCAGUACGCGCCUGCGUUCCAGUUCUCGGAGACCUACCUAACAGUGCUGUCCGACAGCGUCGACGUCUCAGUCUUCAGCACCUUCCUCUUUAAUUCCCCACAUCACAGAGCUACCACCAUCCAGCCUGUGUCCCUUCUAGCACAAAAGGGCCCAUUAAACUUGCCAACCGUGUGGGACUGGUCUGUGCAGUUCAACAGUGCUGCCCAGGAUUUCUUCACUAACCCUUUGUACGUGGAAAAGUCCCGUCAAGACAAAGUCCCCAGGAAAACAUUCCGACCCAAGCACCAGAGGCAUCAGUCCUUGCCAAGCACAGCCUUCAAGUCCUCCCCCAAGAAGAGCUUCUUCAAGGAUGAGACAGACAGCCUAAAAAAGAUGCUGCGAGUGAAGCGCAUCAGUCGCUGGUUGAACCCAACAGACUUGACCCAGAGCACCACUCGGGAGUUCUACGAGGCCUGGCAGCGCAAACCCCUGGACUACCACGGCCUGCUGCUGCCCUGUGUGGACGGUCCAGCUCUGCGUGUGUGGGCGCAGAGGUACUUGCGUUGGCUUCCUGAGGUGCAGAUCUUCGGCGGCGGUGCCAUGACUCUCGAGAAAAAGCUGGUAGACCUGCUAGCUGAGGUGCGGGAGCUACGGGGCAAGCUGGACUGGCACUGCAGUGUAGACUUUAGCCACCGGGGGGCAGCGGCACUCGCUGGGUCCUCUGUCCGACUAUCUUCAGCAUUUCCUUUCUUCGUGUCGCGCACCUGGUCCUUCAAACCAGCAAUACCCAGCUGCCUCCAGAAGAACCUCAUAACAGGCACCUUCGCUGACAAGGAGGAUGAAGACUCAGAGUGUCUGGGGGUCAUCUAAGAAUCCGUCACAACUGAUGGACUAAGAGGACGGUAAUCCAUUUCCUCUGGUGUCCAUAUCAAUAUACAUCAGUGAUGGCUAACAGUAAAACCAGAAUUCUGGACCUGGAUGUAGAUCCAGUCAGAUUCACUGUGCCUCAUGUUGUGAACCAGUAUGAUUUCCUUCAGACUUAACAUGCUUUGCCAUUUUUAUUCUGCUGCACAGAUUUAUUUGUCCUUUGCACCAUUAACCAUGAACUUGCAAUAAUAUAGAACAGAGGGACGUUUUACUUUGGCACACUGUUUCUCAAUAUGAAAAGCAAUUUUUUCGCCAUGCUUUCUGAUGAUCCUGGUCUAUACAGCAGCCAUGUCACCGUGGUUUCCAAACUCAUAAAUCUGUUUACAAGGUGAGAAUUGAGAUAUUCAAGUUGAAUUAGCAGAACUUUUUUUAUGGGAAGUUGGUCUUUUAUGUAUUCUGUUCUUAUGCAGUCAUCACUUUUUUCCUCCAGUUUGACUGGGUGACCAGGCAGUAUUCAUUAUGUUUUUCAUUAUGUUAAACUUACACUGCAUAUCUAGAGAUACACUUAACUGAAAAUAUUAAAGCAUCUGUAAUUUUCGAGCUACAGAGGAAUAUAGAUCUGUAAAAUUAGUUCAUGAAAUUUCACUUCUAUAUGAAUAUUUUUUGGUAGAAAUUACAAUUAAGUUCAGAUUUCAUAAAAAGAACCUUUGUUGCAUGAGGGACAUCUUUAUAGGAGUCUAAAUAUAAAGUGUGUGUUGCUGCACGAUGGUGGUCAGGUGUCAUUAUAGCCUGGUGCAAUUUCUCUUUGACUUAGCAAAUUAUAGAUGAAGGAAAAAAAUUCAGUAAAUAGUUAUUCAGUUGAGUUUUCAAAAUAUUGUACAACCUUCCAAAAUGUUACCUUCCAAAAAUUUGUUUUGAAGUUUGUGAUUCAGAAUGAGCUGGGUGUGUUGGUACAGUACACCAUGCAAUGCAUUCUAACAGAUAAAAUUUUAGAUUCCCAUCACCAUAUGAAUUCAAAUUCAAAUUUAAAUUUGUGCAAUAAAUAAAAAAACAUGUGUAAAACUGUAAGGAAGCAUUAAUUGUAGUGAGAAAAUUAUAACAGAUUUGUCUUUCGCGUUAAAACAGCCCCUUAACAAUCAUUGUAACUUUAUUUAGUUUCUGUUGUUUACAUGUUUGGUAAUCUGCUAAAAACACAAGUGGCAUAUUCCUGGCCCAGAGAAAACUUAUUGUAGUAUUUUUAUAUAAACAGUACUGUGCAAGUUUUAGGCAGUUGGGGGGGAAAAAAGCUGUAAGGUGAGAAUGCUUCCAAAAAUAAUGUUCUUAAUUAAUAAA